GAAUUCUAACGGCUGAGCUCUUGGAAGACUCGGGUCCUUGGGUCGCAGGUGGGAACCGAUGGGUGGGUAGACCGUGGGGGAUAUCUCAGUGGCGGACGAGGGUGGCGGGGACAAGGGGCGGCUGGUCGGAGUGGCGGAGCGUGAAGUCCCCUGUCGGUUCCUCCGUCCCUGAGUGUCGUUGGCGCUGCCCUGUGCCCGCCCAGCGCCUUUGCAUCCGCUCCUGGGCACCGAGGCGCCCUGUAGGAUACUGCUUGUUACUUAUUACAGCUAGAGGGUCUCACUCCGUUGCCCAGGCUGGAGUGUGGGGACAUUUGAUAAGAAACUUCAGUGAAGCCCGGGCGCGGUGGCUCAUGCUUGUAAUCCCAGCAUUUUGGGAGGCUGAGGCUGGAGUGCAGUGGCGUGAUCUCAGCUCACUGCAACCUCUGCCUCCUGGGUUCAAGCAAUUCUCCUGCCUUAGCCUCCCGAGUAGCUGGGAUUACAGGCAUCAUGGACCGAUCUAAAGAAAACUGCAUUUCAGGGCCUGUUAAGGCUACAGCUCCAGUUGGAGGUCCAAAACGUGUUCUCGUGACUCAGCAAUUUCCUUGUCAGAAUCCAUUACCUGCAAAUAGUGGCCAGGCUCAGCGGGUCCUGUGUCCUUCAAAUUCUUCCCAGCGCGUUCCUUUGCAAUCACAAAAGCUUGUCUCCAGCCACAAGCCGGUUCAGAAUCAGAAGCAGAAGCAAUUGCAGGCAACCAGUGUACCUCAUCCUGUCUCCAGGCCACUGAAUAACACCCAAAAGAGCAAGCAGCCCCUGCCAUCGGCACCUGAAAAUAAUCCUGAGGAGGAACUGGCAUCAAAACAGAAAAAUGAAGAAUCAAAAAAGAGGCAGUGGGCUUUGGAAGACUUUGAAAUUGGUCGCCCUCUGGGUAAAGGAAAGUUUGGUAAUGUCUAUUUGGCAAGAGAAAAGCAAAGCAAGUUUAUUCUGGCUCUUAAAGUGUUAUUUAAAGCUCAGCUGGAGAAAGCCGGAGUGGAGCAUCAGCUCAGAAGAGAAGUAGAAAUACAGUCCCACCUUCGGCAUCCUAAUAUUCUCAGACUGUAUGGUUAUUUCCAUGACGCUACCAGAGUCUACCUCAUUCUGGAAUAUGCACCACUUGGAACAGUCUAUCGAGAACUUCAGAAACUUGCAAAGUUUGAUGAGCAGAGAACUGCUACUUAUAUAACAGAAUUGGCAAAUGCCCUGUCUUACUGUCAUUCGAAGAGAGUUAUUCAUAGAGACAUUAAGCCAGAGAACUUACUUCUUGGAUCAGCUGGAGAGCUUAAAAUUGCAGAUUUUGGGUGGUCAGUACAUGCUCCAUCUUCCAGGAGGACCACUCUCUGUGGCACCCUGGACUACCUGCCCCCCGAAAUGAUUGAAGGUCGGAUGCAUGAUGAGAAGGUGGAUCUCUGGAGCCUUGGAGUUCUUUGCUAUGAAUUUUUAGUUGGGAAGCCUCCUUUUGAGGCAAACACAUACCAAGAGACCUACAAAAGAAUAUCACGGGUUGAAUUCACAUUCCCUGACUUUGUAACAGACGGAGCCAGGGACCUCAUUUCAAGACUGUUGAAGCAUAAUCCCAGCCAGAGGCCAAUGCUCAGAGGAGUACUUGAACACCCCUGGAUCACAGCAAAUUCAUCAAAACCACCAAAUUGCCAAAACAAAGAAUCAACUAGCAAACAGUCUUAGGAAUCGUGCAGGGGGAGAAAUCCUUGAGCCAGGGCUGCCGUAUAACCUGUCAGGAACAUGCUACUGAAGUUUAUUUUACCAUUGACUGCUGCCCUCAAUCUAGAACGCUACAAAAGAAACAUUUGUUUUACUGAGCAGGUGUGCCUUAACCUCCCUAUUCAGAAAGCUCCACAUCAAUAAACAUGACACUCUGAAGUGAAAGUAGCCACGAGAAUUGUGCUACUUAUACUGGUUCAUAAUCUGGAGGCAAAGUUCGACUGCAGCCACCCCGUCAGCCUGUGCCAGGCCUGGUGUCUUCACAGGAGGCAAAUCCAGAGUCUGGCUCUGGGGAAAGUGACCACUUUGCCCUGACCCGAUCAGUUAAGGAGCUGUGCAAUAACCUUCCCAGUACCUGAGUGAGUGUGUAACUUAUUGGGUUGGCCAAGCCUGGUAAAGCUGUUGGAAUGAGUAUGUGAUUCUUUUUAAGUAUGAAAAUAUAUUUGUACAGACUUGUAUUUUUUCUCUGGUGGCAUUCCCUUAGGAAUGCUGUGUGUCUGUCCGGCACCCCGGUAGGCCUGAUGGGGUUUCUAGUCCUCCUUAACCACUUAUCUCCCAUAUGAGAGUGUGUAAAAUAGGAACACAUGCUCUACCUCCAUUUAGGGAUUUGCUUGGGAUACAGAAGACGCCAUGUGUCUCAGAGCUGUUAAGAGCUUAUUUUUUUAAAACAUUGGAGUCAUAGCAUGUGUGUAAACUUUAAAUAUGCAAAUAAAUAAGUAUCUAUGUC